CCGAGCUGUAAAGACGUGACAGGACAGUAGUUAAGUUCAAAAGGAUGGGUUUCAGAAUUAUUCUCUUAGCUGCCACCGGCUUGGGCGCAAUGUACAUGAUGCACCUCUUAGCCCAGGAUUGGGUUAAGAUCCGACCCAUCCGGGGAAUAACCCAACUAGCCGGAAUGGCCGUCCAACCCAUUCAACAGGUUAUUGCACCCAUCCAACAAGCAAGCGGGGCUUUGAAUUUAUUUCGCAGCAGAAGAGAUGCAAGUUUUACCCAUGAUCUUGGUUGGGUGCGAAACACCCAGGACUCCGGUGGAGGAAGUGGAAAGAGGGGUACUGCAGGAGAAGUGGUCCAUAGACCAGCACCAGCCAUCGAUUGGAAGCGAAUUCUCUCGAGAGAUCCUUUCGAAUGCCUGCAAUCCCUAAUCUGCCAGCUAAUGUCCGGAGCCGAAGCCAAAGUUCCGGAGGCGGAGUUGCUCAUGGAUUAUCUGGAAUCAUCGCUGGAGAUGGCUCCGGCUAAAAUCGCUCGAGCGUUUAGUAGAGGGUUGGCAUUAAGGGGUUCCACAGAGCUCUGCUAUAGCGAAUAUCCUUUUUGCCUUUAUUCCGCUAAAACAAUGUUGCGCAUUCUGCGUUGGUUCAGUGAAACGGGAGAUAUCCCCGUAGAGGAAGUGGCUUAG